GUCAUACCGAAGGGUACACGUGCACAUCACUCUAACGGACAAGGGCAUCUUACAGUAUAGUGUACAGUGCCAAAGAUGGCCGAGUUUAAACACCUUUCAUGGUUGCUGAUAUGGACUUACCUGAUCUGUGUUUGUAACUGCCAGGACAGUAUUGUGUCUGUCAUACAGAGACUGGACCAGUUUGAGGAGGAUCUGUUUCAUAACAAGGAGGACAUGAUCAAUAUGGAGAAAAGGAUACGAAAUAUAAUAGUUGAUUCAAAAACAGCAUUGAGGGCUGAAUUAAGAGAAAACAUACGUGAUCAGGUGAGAGAAGCCAUGGCCGAGAUUCUAGAAGGAGAGUCUCUUCAAGACAUGGUGAAAAGUCAGGUUGUCUCUGAAUUGCGGCACCUGACACGGGGCUACCAUCAGAUGAAGAGGCAGAUGCAUCAUGUCUCCAAUGAACUCAAAGACUUCCAGGACGAGACGAGCGUAUUUCAUGAAGCUGUCUUGAAGAAGGCACGGGUUGGGAAUCGAGACAACUCAAGUGACGUCUGUGUCAGAGACAAACGUAGACUGGAAAUGGAACUACAGAAGUGUGAGGUUACCACUGCUGAUCUCAAGGCUGACAUCAAGCGCUUAAUGACAUUGAAUGAGACGUGUCAGUUCCCAAAACAAAAACAGAAAACAACGUUUACUGUACAUGAUGCUUCCCCAGCAACUCAAAAUGAUACGCCUACAUCCGGGUCACCUGGGUUGACAACGUUAAUGACGACACCAAGGCUACCUGUGUCUACAACGUCAGUGACCACACAAAGACGACAAGAGGAGAGAAGUCGGAUUCUGAUUGCUCCACGUUGGUCAAAGGUCCUGCAUCAGUUCCGUCAACUCAACAUUCACAGCAACUCCCUCAGUGUCUAUCAGUAUCUCACCAUGAAGAAUGUGGUAUCUGUUGCCUAUAUAGCGAAGACAAGGAAACUUCUGAUUGGACUUUACAAUCCUAGUAAGAUCGUAUCAUCUGCCCUUGAUACAAGUCACGUGACAGUACUAAGAGAAGGUGUACAGACAUAUGGUAUGGCAGUGGAUGAAGAUCGGGACAUUGUGUUUAUGACAACAGAAUUCCCACGAACUUCAAUCAGCCGCAUGUCUACACAGGGGAAAGACUUUACUGCCAUCAUUGACUUAUCCAAGUACAGAGGCAUUCCAAGGCAACUAACUCUUGACACAAGGAGAAAGAGGAUAUAUGGGUGUAAUGGCGAGAAACUGUUCAUGGUAACAUAUGAUGGUCAAGGCCUGGCAACAUUAGCCACAGGAAGUGUCAUGUUUGCUGUAACCCUAGAUCAGACAGCUGGUGUGUUGUAUUAUAACAAUGAUGAGAAACUGAUGAAGAUGACCGUGUCCAAUAAUGUGAGUACAGAGGUGACCACACUGACCACUAUACCCUGGAACAUGAGACUGUAUAGAGGCACCAUCUACUACAGUGGCCUUUCUUCUCCAAUUGUAGGCGCAGUUAAUGUGUCAUAUAACACUUAUAUAACACCAUAUACUCUUAAGUCAGUAGGCAUGGAUGGAGUUAGUCGUAUUCUUCUGUGUUUGGUUCCCUGAAUUCUAUUAAGAUAUUCUUCAACGAAUUUGAAAAUAUUCGAUUAUGAUUGGUCAAUCAAAAACUUCAAGUCACAUAACCACCUCUGAUUGAAACAGUUGAUAUAAUGGCUGCCUACCCUCGGAAGUAAAUAUUUAUAAAACAAAACUUCUUUCUGAAUCAUCGUCGGUAGGCAUUUUGAAAUAAUGAGAUAUAAACACAUAUACUUACAAUGCAUACUUUCGGUUAAUACAAUUUUCAAAGUAUGUGUGAUAAUAAAUGUUCGAAGGAAAACACGAUAUGUAUCGACAAAAAGUGUAUUUCAAGUUUUGAGGACGACAACUCUUACUCUACUACAGUGGAUUUUGUUCUCCGAUUGUCGGUGCAGUUGAUGUGACACAUAACAUUUCAGCAUAUACUCUCAAGUCAUUAAGCAUGGAUGGAGUUGAUUAUUAGGGCUCUGAGUCGAAAGGCUUGAAGCCCUAUUGUAAUCGGCCGAUUUAUUUAUUAUUAUUCCGCCGAUUUUGGUACCAGAGCCAGCAAAAUAAGUUCUAGAUACGACAAAAUUCCCAAGGCCGUAGGCUCAAAGACCAAGGGCAGACAGCUGAAAAACAAGUAAUUUUGUUAACUAUAUUUUGCCCUAUUGCUCCAAAACCGCUUCUCCGAUUACUUUUAAACUUUGCAUGUGUCUGCUGCUAGGGGUGCUUGACAUUAUUUGUUCUUUGACUUAGGUCAUUGGUUACUUGGUUUGGCAGCCAUAUUGGAUUCAAAGUUUUCACAGUUUUUUUUGGUACCUGUCUUCAAAUCCUAUCUCCUCUGAAUCCAUUGCAUGAAAUGCAUUCAAACCCUCUGAGAAUUGUCUCCAUACACAACAGAAUAAAUUGUCUUAACCGAGUUUGGAUAUGUUUUUUAGUUGCGCCUAUAUUAGAUUUUGAUUUUGAUGAUGUUUUUCACCGAAAUUUUACUUUAAAGAUCAUAUCUUGUAAGGUUGUUGACAGUAACUAUUGCAAGUUUACAUGAGUGAGUGAGUGAGUUUGG